AUGUUUACAUUGCCUGGAAGAUCGAAGGAGAAGCAAAACAUAAUUUCUCCUCACUCUUUGCUGGAAUUUAUCAAGGAUUACCCUCAGGCGGUUAAUGCUUCUGUCGAAUUUGUCCGCCGUCCUUGGCAUGGAAAGGGCGGGGAAAGGAUCAGAGAUACCAUCGGAUAUGUAAGACAAAAUAAAAUUUGAGCUUCAUGGACUGUUUCUACCAGAGAUUGCCACGGUCAAAAUGUCGGCUCCGGCUCUUAGCUCCCAGAGCCGGAGCCGAGGCCACAUUUGCAGCUCCGGCUCCGGCUCUUGGCUCCGUGCAAAAUUUAAAAAGGCCUCCGGCUCCGAAUCCCAUGCAAAAUGUUUUUAAAAAAUAUUUUUCCAAAAAUAAAAGUUAUUAGUGCCAGAAAUCAUACAUCCAACGUUUCUGCAGUCAAGUCACAUCCUCCGCAGUGUUUUUCAAGCAAUUUGGUUUAACAAGAUCACGAAAUUUUUAAUUUUCUGACCGCUGGGAAGCCUGGCUCCGACUUUGGGCUCGGGAGCCGGAGCCGACCCCAAAAUUUCGGGCUCCGGAGCCGUGGCAAUCUCUGGUUUCUACUCGAUCUUUUUAGGUGUGCGGCUAUUUGGAAGGGAAGAAAUUUGGUCAAGGGAAAUUGAAAUUUAUUGAGUUGAGGAUAAAACCCCUGGAAUUUUCGAUAAUCGCCUUCCGUAAUUCGAUUGAGAUUGUAAUUUCUUGGAGUAUUUAUGCAUUUCGGAUCCAUCGGACUGUCAACGAUUACUUUAUGAGAUCAAAAAUACGUCUGCUUCAUGAUCUGGCAAAAUAUUUUCAAGGUAAAGUGCGGGAUCUUUCGGAAAUUCUAAAUGAUUACUGUACUAUUUAGACAACUUUACUGGAGAAUUGGGACUGUCCGUAAGUGUGGACACUCCAAGAACUGAUCUGAUGCCAUUUAUGGAAUUCAUUGAUCGGAUAAAAAGUAAUCUUAAUUGGGCAAAAGUUCCACAUCCAAUGUUACAGUAUCUAGAAGAGUGUGAAUUUGAGUCUUUGGAGGUGUCAAUUUCGUGUUCACUUCCUUGUAAGUUGUGUUUUUUUAAUUCAAAAUUCAAUCUCUUGUCACCGUUUUUCAGAUCUCGAAUCCCUAUUUCAUAUUGCCGUAUCUACCGUUACCCUGGACAAUCUUCGUUUUAAAUUCACAGUCCUUCAAGACUACCCGCCCAAUCCAUCGAUAAAAACUCUAAAUCUGAUCGACGGUUCAUUCUUCCUCCUUGCCGGUCAAUUCGAGAGUUUAAUCGAAAAUUUGCCCAAAAGAAUGCCCAAUCUGACUACCGUAACAAUUACAGUAGACCCUUUCCGAAAAGAUUCCCUGAAGGGAUGGCUAAAAGAGAUUCCCAAGUUAAAAAGGCAGGCAACCAGAUUCAAAUAUAAUUUGAAUAUCAUCCACAAGAUCCCUUAUUCGGAUUGGAACCCUCUGGUUCAACAUAUGAUGGCUGUAACCACACCAAAACCGAAUGGGAAAAUUACGAGCGAGAGAUGCGAAUGGACUCUCGAACCGGUCAUUUUCACAGCACAAAGAUCUUUGCCACCGGAAUCUAUUAUUAGAGUUGAGAUGUAA